CGAUAGGAUAGGGUACUCUGCCUUUGUAAUAUUUAAGAGCCUGAUCGAACUACAUACUAUUAAACAUUUUCAUCAGUAAUUUAGUCGCUCCGGCGAUCCGAUGAACGUAUAGUAGGUUAGCAAUGCCAACGUUCUAUGAACAAUAUUUGAUAUAUUUUUAAAUUUCAAGUGGCUUUGUGAAUUUAAAAAUUUAAUAAGAUGCCACCUAAAAAAGCACCUGCCCCGAGUAAAAAGGCGGAACAAAAGAAGAAGGAAAAAGUAAUUGAAGAUAAAACAUUUGGUAUAAAAAAUAAAAAAGGUGCAAAGCAGCAAAAAUUUAUACAACAAGUAGAAAAACAAGUAAAAUCUGGUGGUGUUAAUCCACGUAAGAUAGAAGAUCCUAAUGCUAAAAAACUUGAAAAGGAAAAAAAAUUGAGAGAACAGAAAGAAUUGGCACUUAUUUUCAAACCAGUUCAAGCACAAAAGAUAGACAAAAGUACGGAUCCGAAAUCUGUUAUAUGUGCAUUUUUUAAACAAGGACAAUGCGGAAAAGGAGAUAAGUGUAAAUUUUCUCAUGACUUAAGUAUAGAACGCAAAGCAGAGAAACGAUCUCUAUAUUGUGAUAUGAGGGACGAUGAUAAAGAAGCAGACACCAUGGAUAAAUGGGACGAAGACAAAUUAAAAGAGGUUGUAGAGAAGAAACAUGGGGGAAGUGGUCAACGACCUACUACAGAUAUUAUCUGUAAACAUUUCUUAGGAGCAGUAGAAAAAUCAAAGUAUGGAUGGUUUUGGGAAUGUCCAGUUGGUCAAAAGUGUAUAUACAGACACGCGUUGCCACCUGGUUUUGUUCUUAAGAAAGAUAAAAAGAAAGAGGAUAAGAAAGAUGAAAUUUCAUUGGAGGAUCUAAUCGAGAGGGAAAGAGCAAAUUUAGGACCUAAUCAGACAAAAAUAACUUUAGAAACCUUUUUGGCUUGGAAAAAGAGAAAAUUACAAGAAAAGAAAGAACAAGCUAUCAAGGAUGAAGAAAAACGAAGAAAUGAUUAUAAAGCAGGUCGUCAAGUGGGUAUAUCCGGUCGUGAAAUGUUCUACUUCAAUCCAGAACUUGCUGCUGGAGAUGGUAUUGAUGAUGGUGAUGAAGCAAUAUCUAGUUAUGUGCGUGAGGAAGAUGAAGAAGAAGAUAAGAUUGAAUAUAGGGAACUUGAUAUGGAACGACUUGCCUUUGAAGCUAGUGAGACUGAUACUACGGGUAUAACAGUUGCAUCUACAGAUCGUUUGAAAGCUAAUGGUACUGCUGAAGACAAUAAAGAUAGUACUGUGACUGUAGGAGAAGGUGCAACUGCCUUAGCAAUAAAUGAAAAUCUAUUUAUGGAAGAAGAUUUAGAAGAUUUAGAAGAAGAAUUAGGGGACCUGGACUUAGAGGAGUGAUCCAGAUGUCCCAUUCUUAUUUCUCCUCUCAAUAUAUUAAUGAUAUUUGCCUAUGAUCAUAUAUCUGUAUUGUCCAGAGAUUCAUUAGUCAUAAGUAUAA